UAAUAUUUUUUUAAUAAAAUACGAAAGAAACAGAAAACCGGUGCUUGACCUUGAUGAUCGAGGGACACCGAGUUCCACACGCAUCCCCAGGCCCCAGCUACCACCGUUUCCUUUUCUCUCUCUUUUUUUUCGCCCUACACUUGAUCUUCGUAAUCCAUCCAGUCAUGUAUUGCUGCUGUUUCGUCAUCUUCUUCCAUAGCCAUAGGAUCUUUCUACUGUUUAAACCAUCUCUAUGAAUUCUUUUCCUUUCCUUUAGCUUUAUUGCUUGUUUGUAGAUUAAACGUCACUUUACUGGCCACCAAAUUCAUCACUUUCUGCAACCUUUUCCUUAAUUUCACUCAACUCUUUUGAUCGUUUUGUCCUCGAUACUUGUUUUAGCUUUGAUUAGUUCCUCUUUUAUGUUGUUGUGGAAAUAAUUGCAUAACUUGUUUAUUUCUUUGCUGUGAAGAUAGAACGCCUUCAGAUACUUCUUCAGCUUUAAGUCAAUGGUGGACAAUAACAUAAUUGUCUCUUUCCCUAAUCUAGAACUAGAUGAUCCUUUUGGUAAACUUCCUGAUCAUCUACUUAUUGAAAUCUUCAUCCGAGUUCCUGUUGUGGAAUGGGGACUAGUGUCUUGUGUAUCCAGGCAAUGGGCUGAUCUCUUUCAACAAGAAUGCCUGUGGCACGCUGCACUUAUCAGAAAAUUUCCUUUAGCUGCCCAGGCCAAAAGAUGGCCUGGUCCAAUUCCUAGAGGAUUAAGCAAAAGGAGGUUUGCUGCGUUAUAUAUCAGCAAACAUUUAUUUUCACUGGACGGUGAAAUGGAUGAGAUUGUAGGUCACACUUACUUGUAUCUAAAAGAUCAACUUGAGAUUACAAACAUGCCUGCUUCAUCUGGAAUACUUCACGGAACCAUAAUAGAUCAGUUUAUAGCCUGUGGCAUGCCAAAAGAGAAGGCUCAUGACCUUGCUUCCGAGAUUUGGUUGACAGUGAUUGAAAAUUUGGAGGAAAGCGAGGAAACAUUUGUGUUGCUGAAGCGACUUGCAGUGGAGGGAGAUGCAUUUCUUCCAUUCCCAUACUCAAGAUCAUACAAAGUCCUGUGGAAGGUAUUUGACAAGCUGUUGACAGAUUUGAGGGAUUGCUUCACCCGAAUGGAAGAGUAUUACGACAUCCUAGGUUGUGCCAAGCAUAAGUUCCAGCCAAUACCAUCCACCUGGUUGGGGUACUAACUACUGGUGCUAAUGCAAUGUUAUGCAUCAACCACAUAAGAAUCAAGUUUUCUAGGUUGGAUUAUGUGUAUAUAAGAUAUGCCUAUAUAUAUGUGUGCGUAGAGGGAGGUUUUGGGGAAAACCCCAAAUAAUGAAAAACUGGGGAACACCCUGGUAUUCAUUUGUAUGAUAUACUCAUGUCCAUACAAGUAAUUAAAGCUGUUUUGUGGUUUCUAUGCACGCGUGCAUACUGGACGAUUACUUGUAUGCAUCUUGUACAGAUGAAUGGGUUACUAAAGUGUUUCUCAGUUU